AUUUCUACCUCUCAUUUCGGACGAAGUCCAAGGCCGAAUCUCAACAAUGGCCUCUGGUUGGGUUCGAAUGCCGACCACUGGGGGCCUUACCUCCUGACUUUGGCGCCGUCGAAACAGGCUGACCAGGGUUGAAAUGGGGGCGUAAAUCUUUCUUUCCAGCCUUCAUCGUGCACGUGUGGUCUUAAAAGUUGAUCAAGCGAUCGUGCCGAAAUUGGCCUGCUUCAGAGACAGGGUUCCCCUUUGUUUGAGGAAUUUGCAUCGCGACUCAUGCAAGAGGUCUCGACCUCCAGAAGUGUUGCACUAGGCAUUAAAGUGCGUUCCGGCUUCGGAUGGAUGUUUGCUCUUGCUGCGCCCGUCCCCUUGUGCGACUUUUCUUGUGACUGUCGGCACUCGACGUCUUCCUAAGAUGUGGCCUCCCGUCGCCACUGCCGUUGCUACUACUACAGUCACCGUCACUGUCAAUGUCGUUGGCAUUGUUUCUCCGGCUGUAACGUACCACUUCAACCACCUCGUGGCGUAACUCAUUUGCACAUUGUGCGUUGACGCUACGAGAUUGUUUGAGGAGGUUUGAAGGAGAAGAAGAAGGAGACUAUGUCAGGAACAAACUCCUCGAGUGGCAUGUCCGACAAGCAUGCCACGAAUGGCGACGGAGCGCAGCACGUCUUUCCAGAAGUUGCAACACACCUCAACCAACCUGGUUUGAUCAACACGUCCGAAAUUCCCAAAUCGACGCUGCUCCCACAGGCUACAGUUUCGCAACCGCCACACCAACGGUACCAACCUGAAUAUCAAUAUCAAAAUGGAUACAUUGCAUCAGAAGCCGCGGCUGCGCCCUUGCCGCCGAUCAAGCGAAACCCGUGGGGCCUGUCACCUUUGACAUUUGGCCUCAUUGUAGCAACGAUAACUGCUCUCGUCGUCGGUGGCGUCGUCGGAGGAAGCGUGGCAGGUGCCAUGUCCAACAAGCACUCGGAUUCGAGCUCGACCUCAGACCUGGCGGUGCCCACAGCCACCGUGACCGUCACUGCGUCGUCAGACGGCAGCGCCGCCAGCAUAACAAGUACCUCUUCGACGUCGAGCCCUUCGCCGUCCUCCCUCCAAAACUACGUGGUCGACGAACCCUACUUUGUCCAAAGCCUAAAAUACCCCGACUGCAACACGGAUACCCAGGUCAUCACGACGAAAGCAUACUCGCAACUCUUCACACUCUACUGCGGCAUGGACAUGGGUAACUCGAACCCGGACGAUGCGAAUCCGGACCUCACGGUCGCCGACUUCGUCGGACUUUUCGCCUAUACCCUCACGGAUUGUCUGUACGCCUGUUCCAACAUGGUCAAGUUCGCCGGCGACUGGAAACUGGACAGCCAACACAGCUGCAAGGGCGUCACAUGGGAGGCGAGCAUGGCGCAGAGCAACACCACAAACUAUGCCAAUUGCUGGCUGAAGAACGGUACGAACACGCAAAAGGCUAAUCAAUGCAACACAUGUGUCAGUGCGAAGUUAUCGACGUGAUAUGGCGUACACGUACGAACGGUAUACUUUGCCAUCCUUAUAUUCUCUCUUUCAAACCACAUUGGACCUCCGACCUUGGGCUCCUUUAUUCGGCCUCUCCUACCCCCAACCCUCGACUCCGACCUCGACCUCGACUCUAACCUUCGACCCACCUCUUUACCUCGUUGCUUCUCCACCCGAGAAGAAACAAGAUGAAACAAAAGGAAUGGACUUCCUUGAGAAGAUUUAUUUAAAUGAUGAACGGUGGCGUUUUCUUGCCCCUUUUCUUGACUCGGCGAAGAAGAUGGAUCAAUUAUACUAUUCGUACAUGUUGUGCUUGGUCCACCAGUACUCCUGUUUCGUGUCUGGUUAAUAGUGAGUCUUCGCAAAAGAAAAAAAAACGGAAAGAGCAUGACUGUAAACAAUGCUUCAAGCAGCUCUCCCUUGUCAGGAUCGGCAUUAGUGUCUCAUGGCUAUAACAAAGAUGGAAAGCAGAAGAAAACGAAGCAUGUUACAUCACUCACUGGUGUCGCUUGGCUGAUGAGCAUUGAACGAGGUAUCCUUUGGGAGCACUCAAACUUGGCAACAACUACCCUACAUUCAUCAUCAUUCUGGCUCCUCAGAACACCACCAUGUCCUGUCGUCAACAGGAUCGCGGCGGAACGCACCCUGGGUUUUAUCAGCAUACUUUCUUUCUGUAUCGGACGUUGAAACGAGUCAAGCCUUGUACAACGGUAUCCAACAAAGUUUUCAUGCUCUCGCGCCUCGUCGCCUUGGUUCUCUCGACAGACAUGGAUUUUAUCUGAAUGUGGUACCGGAGUACCAUCGUCGUCGAUUGAUUUGUCAAUGUCCAUGUCCAGGCUACUUUCCCAACAGGCGUAUUUACCUGUUCUCCGCUGCCUCUCUCCCAACCUAUCCACGAGGCUGUUUUCGAUCAACACUUUGCAUUGCGAUUUGUCGUUUGACGCAAUCCGCUGUCUCGACUCUCGUUCAUCCAUCACUCUGAAACGGCCUGCCCGUGGAGUAUGCUGGUUGCGCUUUUGUUAUUAUUGUAACGGAUCAAUUUGCAAAGCCAGCAUCUGGCACUGAUAUCCACUGUUGGGAACAUUCCUAGAUAGAGUUCAAUCGAGACAGUACAUGCACAGAGCA